AUGAAUUUCUUAGUUAAGAAUAAAACUGGUAGUGCAUGUUUUGAAAAUACCAAUAAAUACUUGGAAAAUGCUCGAUAUAGCGACCCAUUUUUAAAAUAUUCGUGGUUUCCAAACUCCACCAAUUUAUUUUAUUUGCAUUUACAUGAGAUCAUAACCACUUUUUCAGUUUACCAAUUUAUAUCAACUAUAGUAGCACCAAUCACUUGCUCUGUCAUAUUUGGCAAAUAUUAUAAUGGUCUCUAUCAUAAAACAAUUCAACUUAACUUCGACUUACAUAUGGUUUCAAUGUUUCAAUGCCUAAUAUCAUUUACAUGUAUAAUAAUAACUUGGGGGAUCCCUGUGACAGAUAUUAACCCUAUUGCCUAUACAGAUCAAAUUUCAUCAUUAGUAGGUGCAUUAACCAUGGGCUAUUUUCUUUGGGAUAUAGUCCAGGGGAUGACACAUAUACACACUUACGAGAUAGAAUAUAUUCUAUAUGCUAUGGGUGCGUUUGCUUUAACAUUAAUUACUUUCAAUCCUUUCGUUCAACCAUGGAUCAGCACGUUCUUAGCAUAUGAAACUUCCACGCCUUUUACCAAUAUUAAUUGGUUCAUCAUUGCAUUGACAAAAAAUUAUCCCAAUCAUAAUCUCAUACCCAAUUGGAUUAAUUACCUCAAUGCUACCCUAUUAGUAACGGUUUUUGUCCUAACAAGAUUGGUAUGGGGGCCCUAUCAACAAUUCUUACUGUUACAACAACUAUAUCAACACAAACGAGAUCUGCCAGCAUUUAAGACAACUUUAUUGAUUGUGAUAAUGACAAUGAUGAAUGGCUUAAAUGUCUAUUGGUUUAGUAAGAUGGUGCGCAUCGUCAGAAAACUGAGUCGCAAACAACUUCUCUUCAAACUGAAAAAACCUUAA